CGCUCGCCUGUGUGGAAGUGCCGUGCGGAUUUCGGAUUCAAAAGAUACAACUUUCGGGCUCCACAAACAAAUACAUAAUUAUACAUAUACAAAUAUACAUGGAUUUGCACAGCUAACAGCACAACGAGUUUCUGCGGUGUGAAUUAACAAAAGCAAACAGAAAAUAAUCGAAGUUUGGAAGUCGACGAAAAAAAAAAAACAAGUCGAGUGCAAAGCAACUUCAAAAAGAAAACUAAAUAAAAAGCAACUUCGAAGCAAAAGCUUUGAGAGUGAACCGAACUACCGCGACGUGAAGUGAAAAAUUCCGAGAGAAAUCCAAGAUGGCAUGGGGCUACUGGUCCGCCACGACUGUGGAUCGCGGGCGAUCGCCACGCCGUUUGACGCAAUGUGCCCCACUUCCGGUUAACAUCGUGCAGCAGGAGGAGGAGGAGGAGCAGCCCUGCCUGCCGCAACAGCAGCAGCAGCAAUCGCAGCAGCAAUCGCAGACCUGCCCCAGCACUCCAUCGGCCAACCAGCAGGGCAGUGGCAACCUCUGCUACAGCCCCACUUGCAGAUCCCGCUGCUCGAGUCCUUGCCCAGGAUCGCCGUGCGGCUCCAUCACGCCGCCGCCGCCGCCGCUGCUCACGUCGUCGCAGCAGCACCUGCACUCCAACAAGAAUUGCCCGGCCGCCCAGCAGCUGAUGACGCACCUGGACUACGCGUCCCGAAGACAAUCGCUCGACCAGCUGGACAGUCCACAGUCCAAGUACUUUGACAUUCAGGCCAACCAGCUGUCGGACAUCAUGUGCCGCGGUGCGGUGGUCAGUUCGAUCCAGUCGGCAAACAACACGCUCACCCGCGGCGUCUCGAUGCACAGCCGGAGUGGCAGUGCCCACGGGAGCCACCAUGGCAGCCAUCACAGUCACAGCCACCAUGGCAGUGCCCACGGAUCACUGGGCUGCCUCCAGGGAGGCGUUGGAGUUGGAGUGGGCACAGGGAGUACUGGAAGCAUUGGCAUGAUGUCGGCGGGACACAUCGAUACGGGAGACUAUGAUGUUCCGCAUCCGCAUCCCUAUACGCAUCACUACAUGCAGACAACCGCUUCGGUGACGCCACCACACACGACCUUGAGUCGUCCAGGAUCGGCGGGUGCCGUCUGUCAAGGCCACGACUCGGGAUCGGAUUCCAGUCAGGGAUGCGGCGGAUCCAUCAUGGGCGGGAUGCUGGUCAUGGGUCACCCCGGUCACAUGGGCAGCCUGGGUCACCACAGUGCCGGCAGUGGAUCGCUGGGAAGGUGCUCCAGCAGGUGCCACAACACGAACACCACGACGACGGAUGACUCGGGUGGUGGCAGCAGUGGAGGCGGCGGAGGAGGAGGAGGAGGAGCACCUGGCACCAUGGGUGCCGUGGGCAUGCCGGGCAUGCUGAUGGACUACCAUCACAGUCACCACAGCGGAAGUGCCGGGAGUGGAUUGAAUGGAUGUGGUGGCGGUGGAGGAGGAGGAUCCAUUGCUGGUGGCAGCAUCGGCGGGAGGAGCAGUGUCCUGGGAACCAUUCACAAUGGACACGGCCAUCACCACCAGCAGUAUCACCACGAGUGCAUCCACUACGAGCGGCUGCCCAUUCCCGUGCCCAUACCCACUGUGCCGAUGGGCGUGGCACCGCCCCCGCAACAGAUGUCGCAGCAUCAGCUUCAAUCCGAGGAGGAGAUCGAACCGGCCUAUGCGACAGUAUUCCCCAAUGUUCCUCAAGCGCCGGGGUUGUCCUGCGAUGGAGAAGAUCGCAGCAUCUAUCGACGCGGUGCUCGACGCUGGCGCAAGUUGUAUCGCGUCAAUGGACACAUCUUCCAGGCCAAGCGUUUCAACCGGCGUGCUUUCUGUGCCUACUGCCAGGAUCGAAUCUGGGGACUGGGCCGUCAGGGUUUCAAGUGCAUCCAGUGCAAGCUGCUGGUGCACAAGAAGUGCCAUAAGCUGGUGCAGAAGCACUGCACCGACCAGCCGGAGCCGCUGGUCAAGGAGCGGGCGGAGGAGUCGAGUGACCCGAUGCCGGUGCCUCUGCCUCCACUUCCCUACGAGGCGAUGGGCGGCGGAGCUGCGGAUGCCUGCGAGUCGCACGAUCACGCCCACAUUGUGGCGCCACCGCCGCCGGAGGAUCCCUUGGAGCCGGGCACCCAGCGGCAGUAUUCGCUGAACGACUUCGAGCUGAUACGGGUGAUUGGACGCGGCAGCUAUGCCAAGGUGCUGAUGGUCGAGCUGCGACGCACACGGCGCAUCUACGCCAUGAAGGUGAUCAAGAAGGCUCUUGUUACCGACGACGAGGACAUCGACUGGGUGCAGACCGAGAAGCACGUCUUCGAAACGGCCUCCAAUCAUCCGUUCCUGGUGGGUCUGCACUCGUGCUUCCAGACGCCAUCGCGCUUGUUCUUCGUCAUCGAAUUUGUGCGCGGUGGCGAUCUGAUGUACCACAUGCAACGGCAACGGCGGCUGCCCGAGGAGCACGCCCGCUUCUAUGCCGCGGAGAUCAGCUUGGCGCUGAACUUCCUCCACGAGAAGGGCAUCAUCUAUCGCGAUCUGAAGCUGGACAACGUGCUGCUCGACCACGAGGGCCACAUCAAGCUGACGGACUACGGCAUGUGCAAGGAGGGCAUUCGAUCGGGCGACACCACCUCCACGUUCUGCGGCACGCCCAACUACAUUGCCCCGGAGAUCCUGAGGGGCGAGGACUACGGCUUCUCGGUGGACUGGUGGGCACUCGGUGUCCUGCUCUACGAGAUGUUGGCUGGUCGCAGUCCGUUUGAUCUGGCUGGAGCCUCCGAGAAUCCCGAUCAGAACACUGAGGACUAUCUCUUCCAAGUGAUCCUGGAGAAGACCAUUCGUAUUCCCCGCUCGCUGAGCGUUCGAGCCGCCUCUGUGCUGAAAGGUUUCCUCAACAAGAAUCCCGCUGACCGCUUGGGCUGCCAUCGGGAGUCCGCCUUCAUGGACAUCGUCAGCCAUCCGUUCUUCAAGAACAUGGACUGGGAAUUGAUAGCACAAAAGGAGGUGCAACCGCCUUAUAUACCAAACCUAGACACUGGCGAUCCCUAUGUGACAAGCAACUUCGAUGUGCAAUUUACCCAAGAACCGGCUGUCCUAACGCCAGAUGAUCCGUAAGUCACAACGAGUUUCCCCCCAAAAAAGAAUCCAAAAGAUGGCAAGUUGUGUUAGUUUUUUUUUUCGUAUUCCUUGCAUGAGAUAAACCCCUGAAAAGUUCAUAGUUUAGUGUCCAGUCCAACGGCAGG